UCAUCUCAUCCGAGUUCGAAAGAAAACCACCGUGUGCGUGUCGUGCUAGCGAAGCGGCGAUCGGUAGAUCGAUGGCGAGCCGGGGAAGAGGCAGUGCAUGCAACGGGUCCGCCGUUCUUGGCGCGGCCGUGGCGGUGCAGCUGCUGAUGGUCGGCUUCCUCGUGAUGAGCGCCGCGCCGCUCGCCGCGGCGGCGGCGGCCAGGUACACCGUCGGCGACAGCGGCGGGUGGAGGUUCUACGCCGAGGGGUGGGCCAAGGGCAAGACCUUCCGCGCCGGCGACGUGCUCGAGUUCAAGUACAACGCGGCGGUUCACGACGUGGCGGCCGUGGACCUGGCGUCGUACCGGAGCUGCGUGGCGCCGAAGGGCGUCAGGAAGAUGCGGAGCGGGCACGACAAGGUGACGCUCCACAAGGGCGCGCACUACUUCAUCUGCACCGAGCCGGGGCACUGCAAGGCCGGCAUGAAGCUCGCCGUCAGGGCCAUCUAGCGCAUGCACCUACGACCCCUUGCUGGCUCGCAAAAAAGAAAAGGGGCCAGUAUGAGUUCAUCGUGUAUUUCCUGUUCGUUUUCUCGUUACUCUGUUCUCAGUUCGCUCGUGGAACCUUCAGUUAGCCCCGUGCGUGACUGUAAUAAGUAGUACUAGUGCGUUUUAUGGUCCCAGUUUGGUGCCGUUGUUGUCCUUGCUGAGAUGUUGUCAUGUCUAAUUUGGUUUCACGUUCUAUAUCAUUAAGGUACUCUGGUUAUGAACUCUUCGUCGUCUACAAACUAUGAAAAAUAUCUCCUGUUAAUUAAAAACAUUG